GCACCUGCUGGGCCAGGGCCACUAGGUCACCGGGGUCCCCGACGCGGCCGGCGCGGCCGGCGCUGCCCUCGACCAGGGCCAGCCCAGGACCGGGACCGGGGCCGUCGCCGUCAUCCCCAGGCUCCGAGCCGCCCUCCGCCAUGGACAGCCACGACCCACCACUUCCGCCCGGUGGAGAGGCUUCCGCUGAGGCGUCCGCACGCACGGUGAGGGGUGCGACCAUGGCGGGGCUCUGCUGUCGCUGAUUGGCCGGCAGGCGGGGCGGAGGGGGCGGAGUUAGUAUCGCUCCGGUGCCCGGGGUGGCUGAUGCUGCGGUUCGGCCGGUGUUCGGACAUGGCGCUGUCGCCGCCACUUCUCCUGCUGCUGCUGCCGCUGCUGAUGGUGCUGCUGGCGCGGGCGGCCACGCCACCGGAACCGGUCCCGGUCCCGACCAUAGCACUGGGCGACCCGCCGUUGCCCGCCCAGUCCCCGGAUGCGCUGUUCGCCGCCGGUGCCGAGGCGUACGCGCGGGGGGACUGGCCCACCGUAGUGCUGCAGAUGGAGCGGGCGCUGCGGGCGCGGGCCGCUGUGCGCUCCCGUCUGAUGCAGUGCCGCCUGCGCUGCGCCAACGCCACAGCGGGGCCGGCGGAGGCGGCCGAGUCCCACCCCGACCCGGUGCUCCGGGACUUGUGGUUCUUUCGGGCGCUGCUUCGCCGCGCCGCCUGCCUGCGGGGCUGCGGGCCCGCUGCGCCCUCCCGAUACCGCCUGGGUGAGGAGCUGGACCGGGAGUUCAGCCGGCGCAGCCCCUACAACUACCUCCAGGUGGCCUAUUUCAAGAUGAACCGGCCAGCGCAGGCGGCGGCGGCCGCUCACACUUUCUUCGUGGCCAACCCCGGGCACCAGGAGAUGAGGCAAAACCUGGAGUACUACCAGGCCAUGGUGGGAGUCCACGAGGAUGACUUCACUGACCUGGAGGCCAAACCCCACCUGAGCGAGUUUCAGCUGGGCAUCCGGUUUUACACAGAGGACCAGCCAGCUGCUGCCAUCCUGCACCUGGAGAAGGCGCUGGAGGAGUAUUUUGUGGCAGACACUGAAUGCCGCGCUCUCUGCGAGGGACCGUAUGACUACGAGGGCUACAACUACCUUGAGUACAAUGCAGACCUUUUCCAGGCCAUUACAGAUCACUCCAUGCAAGUGCUAAGCUGCAAGCAGGGCUGUGUCACAGAGCUGGCCUCCCAGCCUGGCCAGGAGAAGCCUCUGGAGGAUUUCCUGCCCUCGCACUUCAACUAUCUGCAGUUUGCCUACUACAACAAUGGGAAUUAUGAAAAAGCCAUUGAAUGUGCCAAAACCUAUUUGCUCUUCUUCCCACAUGACGAGGUGAUGAACCAAAAUUUGGCCUAUUACACUGCCGUCCUGGGGGAAAACCUGGCCAGACCCAUCCAACCGCGAAAGGAGAUCCAGGUAUAUUACCAGCAGAGUCUGAUGGAGAAGGAGCUGCUCUUCUUCAGCUAUGACAUCUUUGGCAUCCCUUUUGUGGACCCGGACACAUGGACACCUGAAGAGGUGAUACCAAAAAGACUGCGAGAGAAACAGAAGGUGGAGCGGGAGACUGCAGCACGCAUCUCUGAGGAAAUCGGCAACCUCAUGAAGGAGAUUGAGACACUGGUGGAGGAGAAGGCCAAAGAGUCUGCCGACAUGAGCAAGUUCAUCCGAGAAGGUGGCCCUUUGGUCUACGAAGGAGCCAGUGUCACCAUGAACUCCAAAGCCCUGAAUGGUUCCCAGCGUGUCGUGGUGGAUGGAGUCCUUUCUGCUGAAGAGUGCCGAGAACUGCAGAGACUCACUAACGCAGCUGCCUCGGCUGGAGAUGGCUAUCGGGGGAAGACCUCUCCUCACACUCCCAGUGAGACCUUCUAUGGCGUGACUGUCCUCAAGGCCCUCAAGCUGGGGCAGGAGGGGAAGGUGCCCCUGCACAGUGCCUACUUGUACUACAACGUGACAGAGAAGGUGCGGCACAUGAUUGAGUCCUACUUCCGCCUGGAGGUCCCACUCCACUUCUCCUACUCCCACCUAGUGUGCCGCACAGCCAUUGAUGAGAAGCAAGAAGGCCGGAGUGACAACAGCCAUGAGGUGCAUGUGGACAACUGCAUUCUCAAUGCAGAGGCACUGUUGUGCGUGAAGGAACCCCCAGCCUACACUUUCCGGGAUUACAGUGCAAUCCUCUACCUCAAUGGGGACUUUGAAGGAGGAGCUUUCUACUUCACCGAGCUGGAUGCCAAGACUGAGACCGCAGAGGUCCAGCCGCAGUGUGGCCGUGCUGUGGGCUUCUCCUCUGGCUCAGAGAACCCCCACGGGGUGAAAGCUGUGACCAAGGGUCAGCGCUGCGCUAUUGCCCUCUGGUUCACCCUGGACCCUCGGCACAGUGAGCGGGAGCGUGUGCAGGCAGAUGACCUGGUGAAGAUGCUUUUCAGCAUGGAAGAGGGGGAUUUGGAGCCAGAGCCAGAGAAGGAAUCACCAGCUGCCAUUGUGGUCGGGAAGGAUGAGCUGUGACAUCCUACGGGGACCAGGACAUCUCUGCUGGGACUAGUCAUGUCAGCAUUGUGGGUUCAGGCUGCAUAGUCAUAAGGGUAACAUACAGGAUCCCCUCUGUCCCCAACCCAGUUGGAGUGGGGUUUUGGGGAAUGCUGUGUACUACCCCUGCAGCAUCCAGUGUUCCCCUGUGGAGCUGAUCUGGGGUGUGUGAUGGAGGCUCAGGGGUGGGUGACAUGGGGAAAAGGGAGGGAUGCUUUGUUAGGGGUGGGGCCCUGGUGCCAAUGGGUGCAAAUGUGUGCCUUUCCUGAACUUGGAGUUAUAUAAGUGCCUUCUGCAGAAAAUGGGUGAAUAAAGGUAUUUUUUUUCUAA